AACCGCGGCCGACCGCCUCAGGCUCCCGCGAGGCCGGGGCCUCACUCUUCCCCCCGCACUGCCGUUCCACUUCCGGCCCGUCGGCGCGCACGCGCAGUUGCGGCAGAGUUUGACAGAUCAGGCCGAGGGGAAGGAGCAGGUGUCGCGAGAGUUGGCGCACCGCCUGGUGCGGGCUGUCAUUAUGGCGAGCCUGGGCAGCGAGGCCGAGCGGGAGCCUCUCCUGGGCCCCAGCUCCCCCGGAAGCAGAGAACGGGACAUGGUAGAAACCCAAGAGGUUUACAAGAGCAGAUGGAGAUCUAUUAGGAUUCUCUACCUCACUAUGUUCCUCAGCAGUGUGGGUUUUUCUAUUGUGAUAAUGUCAAUCUGGCCAUAUCUUCAAAAGAUUGAUCAGACAGCCGAUGCAAGUUUUUUGGGCUGGGUUAUUGCUUCAUUUAGUCUUGGCCAAAUGGUAGCUUCACCUCUAUUUGGUUUAUGGUCUAAUUAUAGGCCAAGAAAAGAACCUCUUAUCGUCUCCAUCUUUAUUUCGGUGGCAGCCAACUGCCUAUAUGCAUAUGUCCACGUGCCAGCUGCUCAUAACAAAUACUACAUGUUGAUUGCUCGUGGAUUGGUGGGAUUUGGAGCAGGAAAUGUGGCUGUUGUCCGAUCGUACAUUGCUGGUGCCACUUCCCUUCAGGAAAGAACAAGUGCCAUGGCCAAUACGAGCACGUGCCAAGCGUUGGGCUUUAUUUUGGGUCCAGUUUUUCAGACUUGCUUUGCACUCAUUGGAGAAAAUGGUGUAACGUGGAACCCCAUUAAGCUGCAGAUCAACAUGUACACAGCACCGGUUUUACUUGGCGCCUUCCUGGGAAUUCUAAACAUUAUUCUGAUUCUCUUUAUAUUAAGAGAGCACCGUGUGGAUGACUCAGGACGGCAAUGUAAGAGCGUGAAUUUUCGAGAAGAAGAAAAUACAGAUGAAGUUCAGAUUCCCGGAGGAUGUAUUGAUCAAGUUGCUGUUGUGGCUACCAAUAUUCUGUUUUUUGUGGUUUUGUUUAUCUUUGCCCUUUUUGAAACAAUCCUCACCCCAUUAACAAUGGACAUGUAUGCCUGGACCCAAGAGCAGGCUGUGCUCUAUGAUGGAAUAAUUCUCGCUGCUCUCGGAGUUGAGGCAGUUGCUGUUUUCAUGGGGGUUAAACUACUUUCCAAAAAGAUUGAUGAGCGUGCUAUUCUCCUGGGAGGACUCGUGGUUGUAUGGGUUGGCUUCUUUAUCUUGUUACCCUGGGGAAAUCAGUUUCCCAAAGUACAGUGGGAAGAUCUACACAACAGCUCAAUCCCUAAUACUACAUUUGGGGAAAUUAUCAUUGACCUUUGGAGCUCUCUGAGAGAAGAUCACAGUCAACAGCCAACUGGAUGCCCAAUUGAACAAGCUUGGUGCCUGUACACCCCGGUGAUCCAUCUGGCCCAGCUCCUGACAGCUGCUGUCCUAGUUGGAGUAGGCUAUCCAGCCUGCAAUGUCAUGUCCUACACACUGUAUUCAAAAAUUCUAGGACCCAAACCCCAGGGUAUGUACAUGGGCUGGUUAUCUGCUUCUGGAAGUGCAGCACGGAUUCUCGGGCCUGUGUUCAUCAGCCAUGUGUACACUUACUUGGGCCCACGAUGGGCAUUAAGCCUCGUGUGUGGAAUAGUGGUGCUCACCAUCUCACUCAUGGGAGCUGUUUACAGAAGACUCGUUGCCUUUUCUGUCAGAUAUGGGCAGAUCCAGGAAUAAGCUAGCAGUCUCGGCUGGAUACUUGCUGCCAACCAUCUCUAACUCAGCCUUGAGUAGCAGACCAUGUGUUGAGUAACUUAGCUAUGAAGGGUAAGAUGUGCAAAAACAUUCUGGGUCAUAAUCUCAUCGGAGGUCAUGAACGUAACAGAGGAUGGAUGAGUUGUAGGUGUGAAGCUGCACCAGUGUGAACUGGAGCUCUCUAAAACAAUGGGACGAUGCAGUGGAACUGGAGGAAGGUUCUGGUUUAAUCAGCCAGAGCAGAAGGAAAGUUUUUUAAAAAAAUUUAAAACAAAAAUAAUUAUUAUUCAGCUUCCUAAUGAAAUAAAACUGAGCCUUAAAUUCUUUUAGCCUGCCCACCACCAGACUAGGCUUUAGUUUCUUUUCUGCCCAGGGUGAACCCAUUCUCUCUCCCUCAGUGUAAUUUGCACACUACACCUUUGUCAUUUUAAUUUAGGAUCUCAUUUCUAAAUUACCCAUGAGCAAGAAUAAUGCUAACAGCUGAGGAGUAAAGAGGACUAAGAGCUAAGGGCCCUGCGUGCCUUUAGACGGCUGCCUUUCCAAGUGCUAGUAAUUCAUAUCAUAAACGUAAGACAAGUAUGUUUUUAAUAUGGUAUUAGCAGAGAAUGGAUUCUUAGAAUUAUAUUUUCCAAGUCCUCUAAACUCUAGCACAAACUUUGACCUCUUAUGCCCUUUCUCAGUAGUGAGAGAGGAACAGCUGUUUGCUUCUGUCUGCAGCAGGACUACAGCUGGACUUUGAAUGCUGUGACACUCCCAUCUGCUCAGGCUGAUUUGAGGGAGAAUGGCCAAAGGUGACUAAUCAAACUGCAUAGUUUCUACCUCUGUGUGAAUAGAACACUGACAUGUGUACGGGAGUAACUGCAAACCAUGCAAUGUUUUCCCAUCCUGUGGCCAUGGUUUCAAAUCUGAGUGUGAAUGUCUGUAGUCUGCUGAAGCCAUCAGCACUAAAUGACGGCAGCAUUUUGCUUCCUCAGUUUCUGUUGUCAGGCCCUGGACUUUAGUCUUUUGGGUCACUUCUGAUCUUAAACUCCACCUUUAUGUGCUAUGCGGAGACAAAAGUAGUAACCCUCCCUCCCCCACACCCAGAACAAGAGUUCUCUCCAAGUUCCUGGGUAACACACAGUAAUUUCUCCCAGCAAUUGUAGUGUUGAAGAUAAGAUCCUGCCUGCUUCCCUGAUACAUUCAAAUGGAUAGACAUAGUUCUUAUCUAAGUGUCUUCAGAGGCUACCUCUUGACUGCUGUACUUUUCAGAAUAGGAAAAUUGCCCAGAACUUACACUACCAGUUACUUAAUUGUGCUCAAUUACUCGCAUUAUUGAGUCAGAUUUGUAGAAAUAUUUGGGAAAAUAAAUUUAACAGAAUGAAGAAGCUUUUAUAUCAGCAUACCAUGUUCUCAGCAAGAAUAUCAUAACAGAAGUUUCCCAGCCCUAGAAUUAUAAUACUGUAAUUCAGGUAAUUAUAACCUUGCAAAAGCGACUGCACUUUCUUUUUUACUGAGGCAUUAUUUCUUGGGAGAUUAGACUAAUAGACCUCGCCACCAAAGAAGCGAGGGAAGUGACAGGUUUAGGAAGAGGGCUAGGAGGGAGAUCAGCACAAAGAGAGACUGGAAGUAUGAAAACGUUACUAGUGUACAGUAAAGAAGGUACUGAAAACCUAGCAAAGCACCAUUUCCUUAUUUUGAAUGGACUGUCACUUCAUAAGGCAUCUCUAGCCAUUAUGCUUCUCUAUAAAAUAAGCUCUUCAAGCUCAUUCCUUGUAUUAAAGUAAAAUAAACUUGUAAUUUUUAAUUUAA